AAGGAACAAAUCCGGGCGUAUAUUAAAGCCCGUUUCCUAAUUCUGUUACUCCGUUUUCACUCUCGCUUCAUUCAUCCUAGAGAGAGGGGGGAGAGAGAGAGAGAGAGAGGCCCGACCUGUUUUCGGACCUUGGAUUCGGUUUUGCGGCCUCCGGGAGCGGUUUACCGGUUGCAGUGGUAGCAGUAAUUUUCAGUUUGGAGAGGAGUUUGGAGGUUUGAUUGAUGAUCUGGAGGUGACUUUUCGAUCUUUUUGUUGACUUAGUGCUUUAAUCAUGGCGAAUCAAGGGUCGUUUUCGCAGCCUAAUCCCGCAGCCGAAGGUUAUGGACGCGAGGAUCUGUCUUCGGAGCUGUGGAUGGCGUGUGCGGGGCCACUGGUGGACGUCCCAAGGAGAGGCGAGAGAGUGUUCUAUUUUCCGCAGGGUCACCUGGAGCAACUGGAGGCAUCAACAAAUCAGGAUGUUAAUACAAUCUUCAAACUUCCUUCGAAGAUCCUGUGCCGUGUCCUAGAUAUUAAGCUCCGGGCUGAACAGGAGACUGAUGAGGUUUAUGCUCAGAUAACUUUAUUACCAGAACCAGAUCACGAUGAACCAACAACUCCUGAUUCAUAUCGUCCAGAACCUCCUAGGCCUACAGUUUACUCGUUCUGCAAGGAUUUAACUGCCUCUGAUACAAGCACUCAUGGUGGGUUUUCUGUUCUCCGAAAGCAUGCCACUGAGUGCCUUCCCCCACUGGAUAUGAGUCAGCCAACACCAACCCAGGAAUUAGUAGCCACGGAUCUUCAUGGUCUGGAAUGGCGGUUUAAGCAUAUCUUUCGAGGCCAACCAAGGAGGCAUUUGCUCACUACUGGAUGGAGUACGUUUGUUAGUUCUAAGAGAUUAGUUGCAGGGGAUACUUUUGUUUUCCUGAGGGGGGAGAGUGGGGAGUUACGUGUUGGAGUUCGGCGGGCUACUCGUCAGCAGAGCUCCAUGCCAUCUUCAGUCAUUUCUAGUCAGAGCAUGCACUUGGGAGUGCUUGCAACUGCAUCUCAUGCCGUUACUACUAAAACCUUCUUUGUUGUGUACUAUAAACCAAGGACGAGUCAAUUUAUCAUAGGCUUGAACAAAUAUCUAGAAACUGUCAACAAUGGGUUCGCAGUUGGCAUGAGAUUCAAGAUGGCAUUUGAGGGGGAGGAUUCUCCUGAGAGAAGAUUUACAGGCACCAUAGUGGGGUCUGAGGAUCUUUCUCCUCAAUGGGAAAAAUCUAAGUGGGGGUCGUUGAAGGUUCAAUGGGAUGAGCCAGCAUCUAUUGCAAGGCCUGAUAGGGUUUCUCCUUGGGAAAUAGAACCUUUUGUGCCUUCAAUUUCUUCAAGCCAGGUUCAACCAAUUAUAACAAAGAAUAAAAGGCCCCGGCCCCCUACUGAAAUCCCAGAUCGUGAAACUGCAUCAACUACACCAGCUGUCCGUAAUCCUCCGCUUGUUCCAAGUCAAGUUACCAGCAACCGGGAAGGCCAAGUGAGUGAAAAUAUUGGUAUCUGGCAGCCUAAGCCAUCAGAGAGUUGUGGGACUUUCAUUAAUAGCAAUGGCAACUCUGUAUCGAGGACACAAAGCAAUGGGGGUUGGCUAUCUUCCUUCCAUGUAAAUGUUUCUCGGAAUCCUUGUAUUGAUGAAACAGAAGAUAGUAAAAAUGCUUCAGCGUGGUCUGUUCCUUCAGGCUAUUCAACCAGACGAUUAGGAAACCAGAGCGUUGGCCCAUUGGUUGACCCAGUUGGUGAGAAGAAAUUUGAGACAGGUUCAAGUUGCAGACUGUUUGGUGUCAAUUUGAAAAGUCCCUGUGUGGCUUCCCUAAUUGCUGAGAAGUCACCAGGACCUCCGGGGAGUGUGUCCAACUCUGCCACUGAAGAACAUGGACCAAGUACCCUAUCAGGUGCUGAUUCAGACCAAAAGUCCGACCUUUCAAAGGCUUCCAAAGAACCAAGACAAAGACAGAUGCAGACAUCACCAAAGGAGGUCCAAAGCAAGCAGAGCUGCUCUACCAGAAGUCGUAUCAAGGUUCAAAUGCAGGGGAUUGCUGUUGGUAGGGCAGUAGACUUGACCACUUUGAUUGGGUACUCUGACCUUAUAAAUGAACUUGAAGAGAUGUUUGAAAUAAAGGGAGAGCUUCUCCCUCGAAAUAAAUGGGAAAUUGUCUUUACUGACGAUGAAGGGGAUAUGAUGCUCAUGGGUGAUGAUCCAUGGCCGGAAUUCUGUAACAUGGUAAGGAGGAUCUUCAUUUGUUCAAGCCAAGAUGUGAAGAAAAUGAGCACAGGCAGUAAACUUCCUGGGACCAUGGCUGACAGCAAGGGAGGGAUGGUUCUUAGCCUGGAUUGCGCAGAACACUGAAAUAUGAAUCCGUUAUUGCCUUUUUCUUUCUUAGAUCUCCUUAUUUUGUUGUUCGGAUGCCAUGGUUGAUUCGAAGGCGGAGAAGGAAUGCAGAGAAAGACUUGCUCAGUACCUGGUUCUCGACUGCAUAAUACCGAAGAACAGGUUAACCAGGCUUAAACAUUUAGUGAACAUAGGAUUAGAUUCUGUGGAUACCAAUUAAGGAUGUUUGCCAUGCCAUGAAUUCUGAAUAGUGAAAACAUGUGUACUUGUAAAUAAGUAAUUGUCCUUUUGACACUAGAUUUUUGGUCAAAAUCCUUGAGUGAAAAUUUGCAGACUCUCUCUCUUUCCAGUUUGCA